UAUACAUAUUGCUCCCCUUUGAUAUCAUUACAACACACACACGCACAAACACACACUUUGAAUCAUCACGAAGUAGUGGGAAGAAGAGGAAGAUCGACGACGAAAUCGAGGAUUUUUCAGAGCAAGAUUUUCCAUGGAAGUUGGCCGGAAAAUGGGGGGGUUGCUGGCGGAGGAGCAGGGACUGAAUCUGAAGGAAACCGAGCUCUGCCUCGGCCUGCCUGGCGGCGGCGGCGGCGCUGACAAGAUUACUGGGAAAAGAGGCUUCUCUGAGACUGUUGAUCUGAAACUCAACCUUCAGCCCAAUGAAUCAGCUGCUUUAGAUCUGAAGGAAACCUCGGCUAUGGACAAGCCUGUGCUUCCUCCCAAGGAUCCAGUCAAGCCACCAGCCAAGGCACAAGUGGUGGGAUGGCCACCAGUGCGAUCGUUCCGCAAGAACAUCAUGGCCCACCAGAAGAGCUCAGACGAGGAGGCGGAGAAGGCGGCAUGCAGCAGCCCCACGGCCGCCUUUGUGAAGGUGUCGAUGGACGGGGCGCCCUAUCUUCGUAAAGUCGACCUGAAAAUGUACAAGAGCUAUCAAGAACUCUCCGAUGCCUUGGCCAAAAUGUUCAGUUCUUUCACCAUGGGUAACUAUGGGACCCAAGGAAUGAUCGACUUCAUGAAUGAGAGCAAAUUGAUGGAUCUCUUGAACAGUUCUGAAUAUGUGCCCACUUAUGAAGAUAAGGAUGGGGACUGGAUGCUCGUGGGGGAUGUACCAUGGCAGAUGUUCGUGGAUUCAUGCAAGCGCCUUCGCAUUAUGAAAGGAUCUGAAGCAAUUGGCCUAGCACCAAGAGCCAUGGAGAAAUGCAAGAGCAGGUGCUGAUGGAACUAUAUUACAUGUAUGUUGUGAACAACUUGGUUUGAUUUGAGCAGGGGAAGUUGUUUCUACGUGUGUUUUCAAUUUUCUUUUUGUUUUUUUUUUUUCGAGUUUUCGUGUCGACUGUGUCUGUAUUUUAUUUUACAGUAUAUAUAGAUAUGAAAAACCGACGGACAUUAUUUGUAUUGGACAAGAAGCAAAAUGCAGUACUCUCAUAUGUUGUCUGGCUUGUUAUCUUAUUAUUACGACUUUAAAUUAA